UUCCGAGAAAAGCUGAUUUGGUCGAGCGUGUGCUCAGUUCUUAGUGAAAAAUACAUGGAUAUCAAAACGUUGCUUCACAAUCUUCGCGAGGAAGUUUCGUGCCCAGUGUGUACUAACGUCUACACAGAUCCAAAGCACCUUCCAUGUCUGCACACGUUUUGCCUGCAGUGUUUAAAACACUGGCACACAACAAGCCAUGGCCGAGACACAAUCAGAUGCCCGAAGUGUCAAGCUAUUAGUAGAGUGCCUGAAAGUGGCGAUUUGAAAGAUCUUCCCACCAGCUUUUAUCUGAACGGCUUGAUUGACGUGCUAGCAAUUAAAGAGUGCAAAACCAGCCAAGUGCGAUGUGGAAAUUGUGACAAGAAAAGCGCCGAGAGUUCCUAUUGUUUUCAUUGUUGCGUGUUUUGGUGUGACGAGUGCAUCAUUGGACACAAUAUCAUUCGCAGCAAUAAAGAUCAUCGUGUUCUGGCGCUCAAAGACUUUCAAGACAAGGACUAUGAAGAUGUGAUGAAACGACCUGCUUUCUGUCCUAAGGAAGAUCAUAACAAAGAACAGCUUAAGUAUUUUUGCAAAGACUGUGAAAUGCCACUUUGCCAAAUUUGUGUCACAUUGGAUCAUGGAGGUCAUAAUAUGAAGUUAAUCAAAGAAGAAGCGGAGACACAAAAGACUGAAAUGAAGUCUUUUAUUGAAAAACAGCGACACAAUUUACGAGCAAAGAUGAAUGCCGUGAGCCGACUUGAUGGAGAAUGGGCCACACUGAUACAACAAGGCGAAGAUGUGAAGAGAGAGAUUCAAACAUUUGUUGACAAUUUAAUUGCAGUCAUUGAAGCAAACAAGAAAAACAUAUUCGCAGACGUGGAAAAAGAAACAAACAAGUCGAUUGAAAGCAUAAUAAGGCGAAAGACCGAGAUCGAGCGUCAAAUGACGGCCAUAAAAUCAUCUCUGGAGAAGGCUGAGAAACUUUUCACCCGAAGUACAAACGCUGAAAUCGUUCAACUGAAGAAAUCAUCAGACACCAUCUUUGAAGGAGUUCAUCAAAUCGAGCCAACUGACUGUGACCCCGAACUUGUUGCUCAUUUUGUCUUCGUGGAAAAUUAUAAGUUGUUCAACACUGUCAAAACCGAACAAAUUGGAACUUUGAAAAAACCAACAAAAGCAAGUCAUUGUGAUAUUGAAGGCAAAGGACUGGAGGAAGGAAUUGCUCUCCGUGAAGCUCACUUUACCUUGACAACAAAGGACACCGAAGGAAGACAGUGUUACAAUGAACGUGACCAUGUAACGGUGGAGAUCAGGGACGAACAAGGACGAGAAUGCACGUCAGAAAUACAAAUAAAUGACUGUAAAGAUGGACUCUAUCAAGUCAGUUAUUGUCCCAGACAUCCAGUAAAAUGUCAAGUGACUGUAAAGGUAAACGGAGAACAUGUCCGUGACAGUCCUUUUGCUGUGCAGGUAACACCAUUUCAGUUUAAACCUGUACUUUCCUUCGGGAAAGAGGGCUCCUCUGAGGGAAUGUUUAUGUUUCCUUGGAGGGUAGCAGUAAAUGCUAAGGAUAAGAUAGCUGUUACUGAUUAUGGCAACCACAGAGUCCAAAUUUUUAACAGUGAAGGAAAUUACUUAAGAUUGCUCGGUCGGUCUGCUACCAAAGAGGGAGAAUUUAAUUUUCCUUUCGGAAUAACAUAUCAUAAUAAUGGGAACAUUUUCGUGGCAGACAAUGGGAACUGUAGAAUCCAGAUUUUCAAAGGGAAGGGUGAGUACGUGGGAUCCUUUGGUGGGAGAGGAAGCCUUGAUAGUCAGCUCAUUAGUCCCUGUGGUUUAUCGGUAGACAGUGAUGGGAAUAUCAUUGUCGCUGAUUCAGGUAACAGGCUGAUUAAGAUAUUUUCUCCUGAUGGCAAUUUUCUAACGAAGAUAGGAGAGCAGGGCUCUUUGACUGAUCCUGUCCAGUGUAUUCAAUAUGAAAGAUAUCUCAUAGUGUCAGACUAUCGUGAACACUGUAUCAAAGUUUUUGACAAGAAAGGAAACUUUCAGUACAAGUUUGGAAAGAAGGGUGGAGGGGACGGGGAGUUAAAUAGUCCCAAUGGUUUGUUGGUGAACAAAUCAGGUCACUUGAUGGUCUGUGACGAAAAUAACCACAGAAUACAAGUAUUUGAGCUGAAUGGAAAGUUUCUCGGCAAGUUUGGAAUAAAGGGUGGCAAUUUAGGAGAGUUCAAUAAUCCAGGCUCUUUAGCAGUUCUCAGCAAUGGCCAAAUUGUUGUUUGUGACACUUUGAACCAUCGUAUACAGAUACUGGAAUAACUUGUUCACAUUAUUUUGUACUAUUGCGCCCAAUCAAAAUCAAUUAAUUAAUUUUGAGUUCAACCAUCGAAUGUAAAACAUUGGAGAUUCUACUUAUUCUCUGAAUGACCUUCUUUGUUAUUCUAAACCUUAACAACAGUAAUUAUUCAGAGAGUAACUAGGUUUAGCCAAGAUAAGACUAGUUAUGAAUUACUGGGAUGGAAGUGGGCUUAAAAUAUUAAAAUUCGUUUUCUUUUA